UGAAGGAACGAACUGCUUUACGACGCUUGGCUUUCACUUUGACAAUAUUCAUACUAUUAAUCUAGGCGAUGGGUGCACCUCUCUCGGUACCGUUAUCCAUGAGAUUGGUCACGCCAUUGGCCUUCCCCACGUUCAGAAUAGACCAGAUCGAGACUCCUACGUGAGUAUUCUGUGGAACAACAUAGCGCAAGACAAAGAGAAGAACUUCUUUCGAUUGGAUAACGUUCAGAGCCCAUGGCUGAGCACAGCAUACGACUACGAGUCGAUCAUGCACUACGGUGAAUGCGAGUUCAGUGUAA